UCAGUCUGAAGAGGAUCUUGCUCUGAAGCAACAAUUGACAAGUGCUGUAUGUGGAGAGAGUUCAGGAUGCUGACCCUAACUUACAGAAGGUUGCGCUUGAGAGCAUGAGGCAGGAAAUCCGAACCUCUACAAGCUCCAUGACUUCGGUCCCAAAGCCAUUGAAAUUUCUGCGUCCACACUAUGGAACAUUAAAGGCAUUUUAUGAAACCAUGGGGAACUCGGAAUUGAAGAAGUACCUCGCUGAUAUACUCUCCGUUCUGGCUCUCACCAUGUCUGCUGAGGGAGAAAGGGAGAGCUUAAAAUAUAGAUUGGAGGGUUCAGGAGGUGAUAUUGGCUCAUGGGGCCAUGAAUAUGUGAGGAACGUAGCUGGAGAAAUUUCACAGGAAUAUGCUAAGCGACAGAGCGAAGAAGUUCCAAUCAAGGAUCUUAUGGAGCUUGUUCAACAAAUAGUUGCUUUUCACAUGAAGCACAAUGCCGAGCCUGAAGUUGUUGAUCUUCUAAUGGAGGUUGAAGACCUUGAUCUUUUAAUAGAGCAUGUUGACAGCACGAAUUUCCGAAGGACAUGUCUCUAUCUGACUAGUUCGGCUUGGUAAGUGGGAUUAUACCAUAAAUUUGUGGAGAUUUUUAUCCAAUGGAUUAAUCAUUUUACUUGUCACAAA